AUGGAGUCCUCGGGCCAGCAGCAGGCAGAAGAUGUCCCUGCCGACUUCGCCGAUGCCCCGCGCGCCUCUAUGCCCGCGACGCCUGUCGACCCCCCACCAACGCCGCGUCCCCAGCCGAUAGACCCGUCCGCACCGCAACCGACGCCGGAAACCCAAUCGCAGCCACAUCCGCCAUCACAGGUUGUCGUGGCUCCCAUCAUCCGUGAGGCCUCCGUCAUCACCGCGUCGCCCGGCAAGCGACGAAAUUCUCAGGACCCGGCCGUUGCGCAGGCGGCAAGCGCAUUCGUUGCGGGCGAGUCUUCGUCGUCGAGCGCGGCUAAGCGCCCCAAGCCCACAGCCGGUCCGCCGAAGAUCUUGCCGCAGCGAUACGAGUUCUGCAGCGUCGAGGACAUGGUCGUCUUGAUAUCGCACAUGCUCUCCGAGCUGAUCGAGACCAACGACGCGCUUGCCCUGCGCUCCGGCAGCCUAACUCGGUUCCACUCGAGAACCGCACCGAGCAUCUCUGUUCUUGAGUACCUCAAUAGGUUAGCAAAACAUGCGACGCUGACGCCGCCUCUACUACUAUCCAUGGUGUACUAUAUCGACCGUCUAUGCGCCUUAUAUCCGGAAUUCACCAUCAACACGCUUACCGUCCAUCGUUUCUUGAUAACGGCUGCCACCGUAGCGGCCAAGGGCCUGUCAGAUUUGUUCUGGAAUAACACAACGUACGCGCGGGUGGGAGGAGUGAGGGUCGCCGAGCUCAAGCUGCUAGAGCUCGAGUUUCUCUACAGAGUGGACUGGAAGAUCGUCCCGAAUCCUGAGAUCCUUGUGGCAUACUACCGCGGCCUCGUUGAGCGCUGCCCGGGCUACGCGCUGCAAGAGGAGGACGCAGUCGACGAAGACGAGGAUUCAGACGAGGUCGACGAUGGGUCGACGGAAGUUUCGGAUGGUGCCGGCGACGACAGCGGAGACUCGCCGGAUGAGGAGAGUCCGGCCAAGUCGUCGCACGGCGAAGAUGCAGGGCCGUCGCAGGCUGCGUAA